AGAGAGAGAGAGAGAGAGAGAGAGAGAGAGAGGAAACAAAUAUCCAGCAGGGAGGGGCCAUGUGGAGGCUGCCAAGUGUGCUGCCUGCCUGCCUCUUUGGAGGAUCCCGGGCCAUGUGUUAAUUCCACCAUAGACAAAUAAUCCUACCUCCUCCUCCCUUUCUUCUUCUUCUUCUUCCCCGCCGUCUCAGAACAAAUUUGUUCUACUAGGAUUGUUAUUGGUUGUUUCAUUCUUAUUACUACCUUCUUGGAGUUGAGGAUAGAGGUAUGUGUACUCAUGAGCGGAUUCCUGUCUGCGGCUUACUACCUUAAGUAGUUGACUAGCAAGCAAGCAGGCAGGCAGGCGGGUACUAAGGCGGACGAGAAGAGUCAGUACGUCGUUGAGUGGUCGGUCGGAUCGGAAUUCUCAAUUCCUAAGCUGAAAGCUGAUAAUCAAUCAAUCAAUCCAUCAGCUGCAGAUCUAGGCGAGGCAAUUCAUCAUCGAUCCAAAAGAUAGAUAGAUACUAGGAAUGGCGAUGGAGCCUGCGUUGAAGGUGGCCCUGGGGUCCGGCGCGUUCGCCAUCUUCUGGGUGCUGGCCGUGUUCCCCGCGGUGCCCUUCCUGCCGAUCGGGCGCACGGCGGGGUCGCUGCUGGGCGCGAUGCUGAUGGUGGUGCUGGGCGUGAUGAGCGCCGACGAGGCGUACGCGGCGGUGGACCUCCCGAUCCUGGGCCUGCUGUUCGGCACCAUGGUGGUGAGCGUGUACCUGGAGCGCGCCGACAUGUUCCGGCACCUGGGGCGGCUGCUGUCGUGGCGCAGCCAUGGCGGGCGCGACCUGCUGGUGCGCACCUGCGCCGUGUCGGCGCUGGCGUCGGCGCUCUUCACCAACGACACCUGCUGCGUGGUGCUCACCGAGUUCAUCCUCAAGAUCGCGCGGCAGAACAACCUGCCGCCCAAGCCCUUCCUCCUGGCGCUGGCCUCCAGCGCCAACAUCGGCUCCGCCGCCACGCCCAUCGGCAACCCGCAGAACCUGGUGAUCGCCGUCCAGAGCGGCAUCUCCUUCGGCCAGUUCGUCUUCGGCAUCCUCCCGGCCACGCUCGUGGGCUCCGUCGUCAACGCCGCCAUCCUGCUCUGCCUCUACUGGGGGCAGCUCGACGGGGGGAUGAAGCCCGCCGCCGAGGAGGUGGUGGCCGUGCCCACCGAGGUGGUCGAGGAGGAGGACGUGACCUCGCACCGCUUCUCGCCGGCCACCAUGUCGCACCUGCGCUCGCGCUCGCAGCCGCAGUCGCACUCGUCCGACGCCGCCGGCGAGGACUACCACGCCAACGGCAACGGCAAGCAGCAGCAGGCUUUGGCCAGCAACGGCCUCCACCAGAGGCGGCACACGACCUUGCUGCCGUCGGAGUCGGAGGGGAAGGUCGUCGACGACCAGCACUCCUUGUCCUUGCAGCAGUCGGAGCAAGAGCAGGAGGAGUGGCAGAGCCGGGUGUGGAAGACGUGCGUGUACGUGAUCACCGGCGGCAUGCUGGUGGCGCUGCUGCUGGGCCUCAACAUGUCGUGGAGCGCCAUCACCGCCGCCCUGGCGCUGAUCGUGCUGGACUUCAAGGACGCGCGCCCCUGCCUGGAGAAGGUCUCCUACCCUCUGCUGCUCUUCUUCUGCGGGAUGUUCAUCACAGUGGACGGCUUCAACAAGACGGGAAUCCCCAGCGCCUUCUGGGAGUUCAUGGAGCCCUAUGCGCGGAUCGACACGCCCACCGGGACCGCCAUUCUCGCCCUCGUCAUCCUGCUCCUCUCCAAUGUGGCCUCCAAUGUCCCGACCGUUCUCCUGCUGGGCGCCCGGGUUGCCGCCUCCGCCGCCGCCAUCUCCCCGGCCGCCCAGACCAACGCGUGGCUCAUCCUGGCCUGGACCAGCACGGUGGCCGGCAACCUCUCCCUGCUGGGCUCCGCCGCCAACCUCAUCGUGUGCGAGCAGGCGCGCCGCUCCCAGCACUACGGCUACACGCUCUCCUUCUUGGGCCACCUCCAGUUCGGCUUCCCGGCCACCAUCAUCGUCACCGGCAUCGGCCUCCUGCUCAUCAGAACCUACUGAUCGAUGCCGAACCACGUGUGUUGCCGUACUGCUAGUAGCUCUACAUCAAAGUAAGAUUAUUUUAGUAUGUUGAUUGGUUGAAGAAGGAAGAAGAUUGUACAUUUUGGAUCGAGUAGCACACAGAUAGUAGUAUUGUAUAUCAUGCAUCCCAAUGCCAUACAGAAUGUAUACCCUGUCUAGCAUUCUGCAAGUUUGUAUAAAAAAACAGAAAUCGCAAAGGAAAAAUACAGGCAGCCGAGCAAACAGAACCACAAUGCAAGGAAACAAAAGAAAGAAAGGUAUGCAGAAGGACAAGGAGCAGCAGAACCAACCGCACAAAAGCCAACCACAACAAGAGGAGUAGAGGAAGCACCAAAAUUCGGAGGGGACAAUAAAAGCGACCGAGAAGGAAGGCAGGCCGCCCCAACACAAACCCCAUCCCAUGCCUGAUGCCACCACCAAGGAAGCGAGGCAUUGCUCCAGCCAACAGGCUCCUCCAAGCCAGCUCCGGCAUAUGCAAAAGCUAUUGUUUAGUUACCUGUUUGUUUGCUGAGGCCAUGUUUAGGUCAAAAAAAAUUCCUUUUAGUAUUCGUCA